GUAAAUUUUGGGAUUAGUGAUGUCACCAACCCAGGAAGAAGCUCGUUAGUCCUACCAGCCAUUUGUUGUAGUCCUUAAAUUUGUAGUCAGCUAAUUCUGUAAAAGAAAAAAUCUCCCUUUGCAUUGAACUUUGAGCGUCGUAACUUUGCAGAUGUUGUUUAUGAUCUAACAGCAACAUUACACACUAACUAAAGUUAAAAAAGUGAAAUCAUAAUCAACCAAACUUGAAACCUUGAAACAACUGGUACAAGCAAUCAAACCACUCACGCGUCAAACAUCAUGCACACUGUGGUAUUUGUAGGGGGCUUUCUGUUGGCUUCCUGUACACAUUCCUCCACAAGCGCUAACAGGUCGCCUGUAGGAAUGUUUGCCUGUUCGUCCAGGAUGGCACCUUGUCACUCAUCUCACCCCAGACCAAAUCCUUCUCCAGCACACAGUGCAGCCACAGCUGACAGAACAACAGCAUGUCACUCCACAGCCUCCGUGUGCAAGCCGUCCUUCUCAUAAGCGUCCUGUCCGUCUGCUCACCCUCAGGUGGUUCAUCUGAGAGUAGACUUCACAGGAUCCUGAUGAAACGAGAUGCAAAGGAGCUGGAAGCCAGGCCUAAAGCACAGAUCGCAGUGUUGCAGUCCAAGGCUAAACAGUUUCUGUCAGCUCUUCACAGGGCUAAAAGAAAUGUGUGGGACCGUAGCCGCCCUGACGUCCAGCAGUGGAUCCAGCAAUUCAUGUACAUGGGCUAUGAUGAGGCAAGACUUGAGACUGAUCUCUCCUAUUGGAUGGACCAGGCCAGAUCAAAUGACCAGGGCCGGCAGCAUCAUCAUGAUGAGAAUGCACCAAUGAGCCAACAGGACCCCAGUUCCUACAGACAUGGGGCCAACGUCAAUUAUGAUUACUAUUAAACCACUUUACAAACUAUCUUGAACCUAACAUUCGCUGUGAGAUUUAGAAUCCAUUCUAGGGCAAUGUAUAUACCACACAACCUACACAAUGUCCCGUAUAUGAUGUAAUUUUUUUUUAAUCAAGUUAAAAGUAGUCUUUAAAAGUAGUACUUUAGUCAAGUAGGAUUAUGAGGGGAAGCAAAUCAAGUUUGAAUAAUAGAGACUGGAAUUAAUGCACAGUGAAUGAAAAAUAACAGUGCUUUUUUUCCCCCUUGUUUGUAUUCUAUGAUUGCAUUGAAUCCUGACUGUAUUGUAAAUAUAAUGAAAGUGGCUAUAUCUUGAAUAAAACUUCAGUGAG